UUUCACAACAUUCCUCCCGAAGGAACCUCCUCUCCCUCUCUCCUUGCCCUGACUCGACCGUGUGUGUGGGACUGUGACACGUAACUCGUCCGACGUGACCAGCAGUAAACCUCCAGCUGGGACAGGGAGAGCAGAGACAGGAAUUUCCUGACCCCCUGUCCCCAACCCAAAUCAGUUUUAUUCUGAACAUUUUGUAGAAUGGAGGCGAGAGACGCAACUCCAGGUGCUCUUGUGAACAGUACUGGAGAGGAACAAACUGCAACGAAGGAUGCAGCUCCUAAAAAAGAAACACCACAGACCAAAAGCAAGAUGGAGAAAGUAUUUGGGUUCAGGAAGGAGGACCUGACCUCCUGGCACAGCCUGGUGACCCUCCUGAACCGUCCCACUGACCCUGCAUCCCUGGGCAUCUUCCGCUGCUUGUUUGGUUUGCUGAUGGUUAUCGACAUCACACAGGAACGUGGCCUCAGUCACCUGGACUUUAAGUACCUGGAUGGUGCCCCUGUGUGCCGCUUUCCCCUCUUCAAUGUCUUACAGCCACUGUCGCUGGAUUGGAUGUAUCUGGUGUAUGUAGUAAUGUUCUUUGGCGCCUUGGGCAUCAUGCUUGGCUGUUUCUACCGUCUCUCCUGCCUCAUGUUCAUCUCAACAUACUGGUACAUCUUCUUUCUGGACAAAACAACCUGGAACAAUCACUCGUACCUGUAUGGCCUCAUUGGGUUUCAGCUCACACUCAUGGAUGGCAACAGAUACUGGUCAAUCGAUGGAUUGCGGCGGCCUUCUAUAAGAAAUGCCCACGUGCCUCUAUGGAAUUACACCUUGUUGAGGACACAGAUAUUUAUUGUAUACUUCAUCGCUGGAAUCAAAAAGUUGGAUGCCGAUUGGGUGGAGGGAUACUCAAUGUCAUACCUUGCUCAUCAUUGGCUAUUUGAUCCUUUUAAAGUCAUUCUCCCCGUGGAGUUAGUAAAUCUGCUGGUGGUGCACGGCGGUGGCCUUGUUCUUGAUCUGACCGCUGGCUACCUGCUGUUUUUUGAUGCCACACGACCUUAUGCAUUUUUCUUCGUCUCCUACUUCCACUGCAUGAACUCUCAGCUUUUCAGCAUUGGGAUGUUUUCCUACACAAUGCUGGCCACCAGUCCCCUCUUCUGCUACGCCGACUGGCCAAGAAAAUUCUUCGCUUGUUUCCCAGAAUUCCUCAGGGCAGUCCUGCCACUCACUUCACCAGACCCUCAGCCCAGUACUUCCUGUGUUUACAAUGAGAUCCAAAGCACCAGUACUGAACGCCAGGUGACCCCGCCUGUCGCCAAAGCUUCCAAACUGAGACUAAAGCACAAGCUGGGAGCCAUUUUUACUAUUCUCUACAUCAUUGAACAGUUCUUCCUGCCUUACUCUCACUUCAUCACACAGGGUUACAACAACUGGACCAAUGGCUUGUACGGGUACUCAUGGGACAUGAUGGUUCACUCCCGCAGCCAUCAGCAUGUUAAGAUCACCUACAAAGAUGGAAAAACUGGGGAAAUUGGAUAUCUGAACCCAGGGGUUUUCACACAAACCCGCCGCUGGAAAGAUCACGGAGACAUGCUGAAGCAGUAUGCCACGUGCCUCAAUCAGUUCCUGCCCCGCUAUAAUAUCUCUGAUCCUGAAAUCUACUUUGACAUCUGGGUGUCCAUCAAUGAACGCUUCCAGCAAAGGAUCUUUGAUCCCCGUGUGGACGUUGUGAAGGCUGAUUGGUCACCUUUCCGACCAAACACAUGGUUGAUGCCUCUACUGGUGGACCUCUCCCCGUGGAGGACCAAGUUCCAGGAGAUUGAGGGAAGUUUGGACAAUCAGACUGAGAUCGUCUUUAUCGCUGAUUUCCCAGGUCUUCACUUAGAAAACUUUGUUAGUCAAGAUCUGGGCAACACCAGCAUCAGUGUAUUGCAGGGCAAAGUGAACGUUGAGAUAGUAGAGGAGAAGAAGAACUUCACUCUUCAGCCUGGUGAGCAGAUAAAGGUACCUGCUGGGGCUUACCAUAAGGUGUAUACAGUGUCUGAAGACCCAUCUUGCUACAUGUACAUCUACGUCAACACCACAGAAGCGGCGUUACAGGAGAACUUCACAAAGCUGUUGGAGCUUCAGGAGCGUGUACGCAAUGGGACAGAAACCGAGCCCCUUCCUCCUGAGCUGCAGCCUCUUAUCACUGCAGACGAUGAAGGGUCAGAGUUAAAUGCCACUGACCCGAUUGUGCAGCUGUUCCUGAAGAGGCAACGUCGCAUGAAGGAGGUGAAGAAGCGCAGGGAGGCCGGUGCACUAGAGCGACUGGAGCGCUUUGCAGUGAAGAAGUACUAUACAAUACGGAGGGGAUUCUUGAUGACCGCCAUCGCUAUGAGAAACCUGGUGGUGGGUCUCCCUUCUCUCGAACAGCUGACAAGAGAAGUUGCCUUCGCCAACAUGAAAGAACCUCAGGCAGAAGCCAACCAGGACGAACGGCUGAAAGAUGAAGUUGGUCAUGGAGAACUUUAAAGCUGUCGUUGGGGCCAAAAAUGCUGUGUUUAAUUUCUGGAUCACGCAUUGUUACUACUGGACUGUUACUGGGACAUUGCUGCCCAGAAAUCAAGGGAAUUUUAAUUUUCUAUGCUUUUGAAAUAUUCUGAGUUUCAGAUUAUUUUUAAAUGUAAAGCCAGUAUUUUGUUAUAGCAUUUGUUUACAGAUCAGAAUUUAUGCAGAGGACAAAACCAGAAUGCUGAACAUCAACAGAUAUGCACUGCUUUGCUGUGCAAGACUACAUUUCCUGUUUGUUCAAUUUUGCUUAAGAAUUUUAUAAUUGCAAUUAUGGCUGGGUGACAUGACCAAAAAGAAUAUCAAGACAUUGACAACAUAUUAAUAAUUAUUACUAACAGUUAUUAUUAAUUACUGAAUGGUUUUAAGGGGACACAUUUUAGCAAACAUACUGACAUAAACAGGAUUAGGUUGGGCUAUAGCUCCUCCUGUUGGUCCCAACUCAAAUUUCAAUAAUUCGUGCCCGAUUUCAUAACAAGCUUGUUUAAAAAUAUACUCAGUUUUUAUACUCAGUUUUGAGGGAACAUGUGUCUCUGAUCUUUUAUGCUAACCCUAUAAUGUGAUUAAAAACUGACUGACAGAAAUACAAUUGUUAGUUUGUCAAUCAACAGCCUUUUCUAGUCACUUUUCUAAUAAAGAGCUUAUGU